AACACGAUGAUAAGGGCCUUUUGUGGCGUCAUGAGCACAUUAAUAUCCACUUUGUUUGUAUGUGUAUGCGUUGUGUACGUGCCAUUGUUAUUUUGCGCUGUUGAUGGCGCGACGUUGUCUGCUAUACCGCUAUCACCCCGCUUUACUGAAUCCCGUGGUAUUGGUGUUGACGAGCGAGUUGAGCCAUAUCCUACAAUUCGUGUGUACGCGUAUACUCCUCGUGGCACCUUCAACCCUUCGUCACCUUCCUAUAGCAAGCGUUUAACUCGUGUUUUGGAGUCUGAAGCGUAUAGAUCAGGGUCAUUGGGUAUUAAAGGCUUACACUCUCGCCUAUUACAGCUUCAGCAUCGUCAAUUAGGUCGUAUCAUAGAUGCAUCAGAAAAGCACGGUUGAAGCAGUCUUUGGCACG